AUGGGUGCUCAAACCCAGAGGUUCAUCUGCCUGUACCUCUGCUACGUCCUCGUGACGUGGGGCUCCGGUCGUCUGUAUCGAAAGAAAAAUAAGAGCAAGAUCUAUCGUCUCUUCAGCGACCUCUUUCAUCGAAUCUGUGAACGGGGAAGAAUGGUGUUUGUAUCGCUCUGCCCGCCCAAACAAAAACAGGAUGGUUCACAGACUAUAAAGAGUGAGCUAGCACUUGCAGAAAAAUUUCCAGAUUUCGAGCGUGGGAGCCGUAUGCAACGCCUACAGAGGUUUCUCACUCCCUCGAGCCAUACCUCCAACGUCAUUCGGAAGGUAUCGAACCUGAGCAUUCGAGGGAGCUUUAAAUCGCCACAGAUGAUUUCCGAGGAGGUUAUGACCACGGAUAUGCCCCUCAGAAACGGCUACUGCACCAGAGGCGGCGACAUGGUUGAACAGAAAGACGGCGAAGGUUUGCAUCCUACCUUGUUUUUUUUUUAA